AUGGAAUCCUCACGAUCCUCAUUAGCUUCGAAUAAUACCCGCGGUGGUGGAUUUUCCGAACACAAGACCAUGCCUCAACUGGAUACUCUCAUCUCGCAUCUCGUGGCCGCCAAACGGUCCCUUUCUUCCAUCAACCACGUUUGGCGGGCCAACGAAAUUGUCACCGCCGCGCGGUCAGCCCUCGAAGAAAGCGUCGUCGUGUCAUCCAGAACAGGCUUCCUGCGUCGAGGCUUGAACAAUCAGCUUCGGCUGCUCUACGAUGUCCGGUCGGAGGUGGAGCAUAUCUCGCAUCGUGGGCGACAGGACUUCUCAGAUGCUUUGAAAAGUCUUGAUGCUGCAGAUGCGCGCCUUCGGAGUACCUUGGAUCUUCUGCGGAAUACCAUCGUCCACGCUUCAUUCCGACCUAAAGAUGAAGACCCCAAGUCUCUGCAUGACUUUGUCGAUGAGCGUGGCGUCGAGGAGCUACAUGCCGCCAUGAAGAGCUCUAUCGACAGGACAAAUGCUGCACGGGCAGAUCUCGAUACCUCGAAUCGUGAGUUUGACGACGAGCUUCAAUCCAUCAAGCAGGCGCUUCGCCAUUAUCGAUCCGCGACUAGAUUGGCGUCUUCUCGAGCCUCUGCAUCUUCAUCCUCGUCAUCGACAUCGGACUCUGAUCUGCUCGCCCUGUCCACUAUGCCCAGCAUGCUCCAGUCAUUGGAAGGGCAUGCCCAGGAGAUGGCUGGUCUCCUCGAAUCCCUCGUCCGCCACUUUGACCUUUGUGUGACUGCGGUGAAGCACACCGAAGGCGGCGGCGCGGCUGCCAGAUCCAUCACAGGAGACAUGCCAGCCGAGGUCCAGGCCAAUCACGAUGGGAUUCCGCAUAUCGGCGAAGAGAUCAACGCGAACCUGAAUGCUCCGCUGGACCCGUUAAGCGACUCGGAAUAUUUGGAAAUGGUCAACGUGCUUGUGAAGGAUGCCCUCGAAGCCGAGGACGUUGUCAUGGAGAUCCAAGAUCGCAUUAACGAAAUGGAGACCGUCCAUGAGCAGGUUCAUGCGCAGCGAGACGCUCUCAUUGCAAUCUCUAAUGCGACGCUUGAGGUUCACCAGCACUUGUCAACAUUGGCUUCGACUCGCCUUCCUCGGUACAUCUCCCAGGCACACAACUUCACCGGUGUCUGGAACGAAGAAAACGAGCGCAUCAAUGCCGGUCUAGGGGAGCUCUCUGACUUGCACUCCCUCUAUGAAGGGUUCCUGAAUGCCUAUGACAGCCUGAUACUUGAAGUGAACCGUCGAAGCCAGAUCCGCUCUCGUGUGGAGAAAGUCCUUCGUGACACAAGGAAUAAACUGAAUCAUCUCUACGAUGAGGACGUUACUGCCCGAGAAGCGUUCCGCGUUGAACAGGGCGAUUUCCUUCCUUCGGAUAUCUGGCCGGGUAUUGGCCGUGCACCCAUGCAGGUCCAGUUCCAUCGCAUUGCUGGUGGUCAGCUGGAAGGCGUUCUCGAGGAAGCACGAGACGUCGAGCAGUAUAAUGAAGCCCAAGCGGCUGCUGAGAGUACGAGCCGCGAUGCUACUGAUGAUACUGCAGAGGGUGAAAUUAUCCCCAGCCUGCCGAAGGACGCCGUUGAUCAAGCAUACGCUCGUUUAAAGGCGCGAACUCGGGCCUUUGCUUGA